AUGCGCCUGGAGCACAAUGUCGUCCGCUUCACCGUCAUUCCAGACCAAGGGACCCAGGUUUGGGCGCAGAUACCAGUUGACACGAUAUUCGAGGAAUCUUCAUACCAACUCGAAUCGAACUCAGGCGCCAUCAAUGUCGAAAUUAAUAUCAGCCUCUUGAACCGUGCUCUACGCUCAACAUUUGGCUCAUCAUCCGCACAGUUGCGACUGACCAAAAAGGAUAAAAUGCCUCUCCUCGCACUAACGGUGCUGACAACAGAGUGGACUGAAGGCAAUAUGGCUCUUGCUACCAAUGAAGCCACAGAUCAAGAUCCCACAUCGGGCCUGGCAGGCCAGACUGGUGUGGUUGGGGACCGACGAGCCCGAGAACGGGAGACGUGGAUCACACAAGAAGUUCCUAUCAAGAUCCUACAUGAAGACGUUGUGGAGAACCUUCACGAGCCUCACUGUCCCGACCCGGAUGUCCAUAUUAUCCUGCCCAACCUGAUGCAGUUAAAAAGCAUUUCGGAUCGCUUUACCAGGCUAGCAUCGACUGACAGCAAAAGCCGACAGCCUGGCAUCGUCGUCGCAGAUGUAUCAAGCUCAAGUGCUGGAGCCACAGCGCUUUCUACCAACUCUGCGCCAAAGCUGGAAUUAUCGGCAAAUAUGCACGGCAAAUUAAGAUUGGCUAUUGCAACGGAUGAGUUGCGUAUUGAGAGCGUGUGGUCUGAACUGGUCAAUCCACCGCUGGAUCCUGCCCAUAUGACGCAAGACAAGUACUCGCAAUUACCCAGCGAGCGGAGGCGCGAAGCGGGUGGUGAUGAUGAGGCUGGAUGGGCAAAGGUUAGGAUUGAUGGCAAAGACUGGGGCCGUGUGUUGAGCGUCGGAAGACUUAGUCCUAAGGUGGUUGCAUGUUUUAUCAACGAAACAGCUCUGGUUCUGUAUGUCUAUCUACCGGGAAGUUGGAAUGGUGAAGAAUCCUGCUUAACUUAUUACAUCAACUCUUUCACAACGUGA